AUGUACAGUGUGGAGGACCUCCUCAUUUCGCAUGGAUAUAAAUUGCCCAGGAGCGGCCCUCCGUCUGCCACGCCUUAUGACAAGCGCCCUGCUGAUUGCCAGCGUGAACUUGUGGACAACAGGGCCGGCCGUGGGACGCUAAACGGGUAUGAGGCGGACCGGGGGGCAUCUAUCACUGGCAUCUAUGGCAGCAGGCAGGCACUGGGGAAGGGCUACCCCUCCACAGACAACGAGAGUGGGGAAAGGAACCAAAGGAGAAAAGAAGCCGGCAGCGGUAACCUAGGUGACGCUCAGCCCUUGGGUGAUUCUCUCGCCACAGAUAGUGGGUUCUAUGAUGUUCCUAGUUUGACUUAUUCGGAGCCACUGAGCCAUGAAGAGAGGGACGUCUCCUACUGGAGAAGGCGAGGCCAGGACUUCAGCGUCCUUUUGGACUAUGCUGAUGGCAGGGAGCUGAGGGCCUCUGCUACAGCAUGGAGGCCGCAGGCCCUAAUAGGACCAGAUGAACACAGGGCAGAGAGGCAAGCGCAGCAGCUAUGGGAGGACAUUUCCUGGCUGAGGGAUCCUGAUGCAGCCCCUGGUCAGCUGAGGGUGACCGGGGAGAGGAAGUGCCAGAGCCUGGGCACAGAGGAGUGGAAGCCGGCUGUGGGCCUGGGAAGGCAGCUGUCUGAUGGGGAAGGAGACAGGUGGGCUCAGGAUCUGUACCGCCUGAGGACUACUGACGGCUCUUUCCACCCCAGAACUAAAGCAAAGUCGCAGUCUCUCCCCAGAGUUUUAUCGCCUGAUGGAACUGAACGCAAAGACGUACUUCCAUCCAGGCCAAGCUUACCUGAUAGACAGAGAGUGAGCAGCACUGUCUUCUCUGGGCCUUAUAGUAGGUAUAUCUAUAGUGGUGCUGUUGGCAGGGACCGAUGGGGGAGGAAUGCCUGGCCAAGCAGCCAUGUUGCACUUUUACCAAAGCCCAGGUUCAGCAGGCCUUUAAAGCCUCCGUCAUAUGAGAUUCACCAGCAGACUAGGGGUAGCGCAGAAAUGCUUGCUAUAGACCAGGGUGCCAAACAAAAAGACAGAUCUGUCUAUUAUCCGAGGGGUGGGGAACUGAGACAAGACUAUUUCGCACAACACUCUGCCAUCUUUGGUAUGGAGCCCCCUGGCUACAUCCCACCCCCAUCUUAUAAAAGAGCCCCACCCCCCAGAGCAAUUCCAACCAACCGCAAUGAAAUGGCAAACUUCAGAUGGAGGGGAGACAUGCAGAUGCCCAGCUCAGACCCUGGAAGGUGGUUUUCUAGACAGGCCGGAGGUUCGUGGCUGGAACAUUAUGGGGAGCGAGGUGCAUCCUAUCGGAAACAGGUAUAUUCUGGUCAUGAAGAACAUCCGGGUCAUGCCCGUUAUUUACCCAUUGAAGACCCAAGAGUGAGGCAAAUCUCAGGAGGGCCUGGCGGAAAUUCUCUCACUGACUCGGACAAGAUCCGGAACAUCAACAAAGAGAUUCCCUGCGCUAAGGUUUUAGGACAAUCUACACAUGAUAGUGCCUUUCCCCCCCAACAGGGGCUAGCUCUCAAUACCGACAGCCGCAAAACAUCUCUCAAUGACAACGACAGCAGUAAUCGAUGGUCCAACAGGGGAAUAAAUAAAGGAAGUGACAGUGUAGCUCCUGAACAAAGCCGUAGUCAGUUUUUUCCUUCAUCCAUUCUGGGUAAACCACCACCUCCCCCAUGUAAGCCGGCGGACCAGGUUGUGUCUGAAACUGUGACAGAAGUAAAAAAGGUAGAGCAGCCUGAACCACCAGAGAAAGAUAAAUCCAAGAAUCUAAAAAAGAAACUUAGUGAGACAAUAUUUUGUUUGGUGUCUGUCCCUGUUACCCCACAGCUCAGUGGAACACCACGUGACCAGAAUAACAAUAAUGAGAAGCCACCAGACCGAACGGACAGUCCUAUUGAGAACAAAACUGGCCACUUAACAAACCAAAGUCUCCAAAGCACAUCUUCAGCUGAGGCUGAGCUGCAAGCACUAACUGGUAGCAUAGCGAGCAGCAAAACAAGCAGCAGAGCGAGCAGCAAAGUGGUGAAAAAAAUACCCUGUAGACCCCCUAAAAUAAACCAUUACAAGGAGCUGAAAUUGUCGGGAUCCUGGCCUGCAAACCAGUAUCGAGACCAGGAGACACAAACUAGCCCAGAGGCCCGAAAACCUGCCCCUCCAGGGCCUGAAAACAAGGAAGCACAACAAGACCCUGUCCCCCAAGGCACUGAUGCCCCCCAUGAUGGCAGUGGUGUGGUGAGCACUGCCUUCAGUUUUCCUAUAAAAGGGGUGAAGAGCUUGAAACUGUCCAGUAACAGCGCCUUCUCCCUAACCGCCACUUUCUCCAACCAGCUGAACAAGAGCACAGCUCAGCCGCCAGCAGCACCACCCUCAGGAAAUGUGGAGGAGGCCAAACCAGCAGCAGGCAGUGGGCAGGAGGCAUUCGGGCAGUUCCUGCUGAAACCGGCUAGCCAGCGACCGUGGGAUGCUGUCAAAGAGCUAGAGAACAUCAACAAAGAACUCCAGGAUCAGAAACAGCAGAGCAGCAAACAGCCCAGUGUUGACAAGUGCAUCGAGGACCUCAAUGAGGCCUACAAAGAUAUCUUGGAGCUAGGCACUGCCAGCAAUAAAGUCCCCAAUGGUUCUGUGCAAAUCCCUGAGCGUAUCAAGAUUCGACUGACGUCAGAACCCCUCAACAAGCCCAGCAGCCUUAGGCGCAGUGCAGUAAGCUGGUCUGUUGACCCAGAGUACAGGGAGGUCAAGAGUGCGUUCUCCAGACCUGCAACGAAGUCAGUAACUUUCAGCAAGCAGCUUAGGGAGGAGCUACCUGUCCCGCCUCGGGAGACAGGUUUCAGAGAAUACAGGGUUGUUGCGCAUCUUUCGCGCAGGCGGAGCAGCGAUGGUAGGACAGUCAAACUAGACCUGCCAGAUGAGCCUAUUGAGACACCAAUUUGUGACUUUAGCCCAACAACGCACACCACAGCAGCUGAGGUGCCCUGGGCAGAUAGACAGCCCAUGCAGGAUGCCUCCACGCUUACAAGUCCUCCUGAUUAUGAGGACAUAUGCCAGGCUUUGCGUCAGUCUAGAGACUCAACGGAUGUCAAUAAAGUGUCUGCAGGCAGUUCCAAAUCUAAUGAUGCAGAGCUUCCACAAGAUCUGAGUGUUGAAUCAGAGGAGGAGUGCCCCAUUUGUAAAAGAGAACUUGAGAAUCAGAUGAGACAGGGUCCAUUGCCUCCACUCCAUGAGGAGAACAGCUCGGACAGCUCAGCCAAUCAAAAUGGUAGUCCACCACAGUGUGCUGCGUUAGAAAGUCCAGCUGAGGAUACAAAAACAAAGGAGUCCAAUGAGUCUGGCUCAAAUCAGUCAGGGUCUGACUUGUGUGCUGAAACAAGGGAGCAGCAUUCAUUGACAGAGGACAAUGUAGGAGGGGGUGAGAAAACAGACAGUGCUGAGGCAGAAGACCUAAACAACCUAUGUGAGAUUAAACCUGCCGAGAGCAUAACAGAGAAUGAGUCUACAGAAAAGGGGGCAGCCAGCAUAUUAGCGACUGAUGUGCCUGUAGACUCUCAAGAAACAGGGGACCAGAGUGUUUGUGAACCAGUAACCAAGGAAGUGGAAUCAGAACAGAGCGAAGCCAUUACAGGAGAUACACCUGAAGGUAGCGCAGACAUACAGACAGCUGAAGUGAAAGAUGGGUGUGAGGGACAGGACUCCCAUUGUACGGCACCUGACAAUAAGCAGGAGCAAGAGAAGAAGCCAUUUGCCAUCCCAGAGCAUAGACUCAUUCUACGCACCCAUCUGGGACGAGACCAUCCAGGGUUACCAGAAUUUCCGCCGGACAGACUGCCGCUUUCGGUUCCCCCAAACCCAGACCGCAGGCUGUCUCUUAGCUUGGAGGGGGAGAGAAGGAGCAGGGGGCCUUCGCGAAUAGAAUCCCUGUACGACAAGCUGGCUGCUUCACCGAGCCGGAUGGCAAUUGAGCGCCUGGCACGGAUGAAGGAGGUGGACGUUGUGUCUCGUAUGAGGCACCUCAGCAUCAGGAGUACUGACUCUGGGGAGGGGGAGGCAGAUGCAGAGGAAGAAGCUAGGGGUGGACAGGCGGAGGAGUCCCUCUCUGCUCCCCAGAGAGACAAGGAGGAGGAUCAAGAGGUCACCCAUUCUCAGCAGGUCUCUGAAGAGACAGUGUUGCCAGAUGAGGAGGCGUCAUCUCUCUCAGAACCCAAUGACCCCAGCCGAGAGGAGAGAGUGUAGAAAGACUGCGUCCAUCAUC